GCAUCCACUCCCGCUCCUGCAGCAUCCUCUUCGGGCGCCGGCCCAGCCGAAGGCGAGCUGCUCCGCCCAACCGGUAUGGUUGGCUCCCGCGUCGAGAUCCCCACUCCCUCAUUUCACCGUGCUCUGCAUCGCAGUGCUGCACGCGGAGCCGCUCUUGUCUGCCGCCAAGCAGCGCCUCCACCCGUCCGCCGCCGCCUGCGCCAUCAUCACCUUCGCGGCGCUCGUCAACUGGGCGACUCUCUCGCUCAAUUUCAGUGUCGCAGCCGCAGGCUCUUCCAAUCCUGCCCGUUCCGCGUUCAUCGCCCUCGCGGCCCUGAUGCGCCUAAAAUCCCCCAAUUCUCCAACGGCACCGGAUGCCGAGUGCAAGGAAUCCCACGCCGCCGCGACCCCGCCGUCACCACCAGUCGCGGAACCGCAAUCACCACGCGCCGCCGCCAUCGCCGCCCCCGCAUUACGCCCACACCAAUCCCGCCUCGCGCGCGCCGCAUUCGUCGUCCUCUGCGCGCUCAUGUCCGCCUCAUGGUUCCUCGACCCGGUCGUGGCGGCCGCCGGCGAGCUGUUCCUGCCCUGGCCCGCUGUCGUCGGCACCCUCGUCGUCUUCGCCAUGUGUUUCUGCACCUCGGUGCACAUCUUUCGCUCCUUCUUCCUGCCGCGCGCGCCGGCCGCCGCGGCGCCGCAGUGGGAGGGGAUCGCGGCAAUCGCCGCCGUGGGGGUCGGGGUCGCGGCCUGCCUCAUCGCCGCCGGAGGGUGCGCUUAUGGGUAUGCUCCAGUUCGUAUCUGAUAGCAACUCCACGCAUGGGUGAGUAGGGGUCAGUGGUGGUUUGAGCGAUUUUGCUAUUUUUGUUGUUCUUAUAAAGUCGUGUUUGUGCACUUGUGCGAUUUAAGGUAUAUCUGUGUAAAUCUAGAGGUACAGAGAAUAAAAUCCAGAGCUUUAUAUAGUUUGUCAACGGAUAUUCCAAGAAAAAAUAAAAUAAAAUAAAUCCGUUUGUUGAA